ACAUCUAUUUAAGUUACAUGUAUAUUUGGGAUGAGAACCAUGAUACAUAUUCAUUGUUAUUGUAUCAUUCUUUUAUCCCCUCUGCUUGCAUUUCUCCUUCGGAGAGUGUCUGCCUCUGGCUUUGCAAUAAUGAGAAGAUGAUCUCAAUUGAACGGCAGCUGCUGAUAUUGAAUUCCAUUCAUUUGUCUCAGGGCUCUGGUGCUAAUUAUCCCCUAAGUAAGUGUUUCACAUUAAGCAAAUGGGGUAACUGAAAUGGUUCCUUCGUUUUUAUCACAGAGGCCAUCAUCAACAAUCAAACACAAAAAGAAUCUGUUCAAUUGUAUCAUCCAGCUUAUCAUAUAACGUCCAAAAUCAUUUGAAUAGGAAGAAUACUGACUCACGACAGUGAACAGCAAACAUGGAGUUUUCUUUAUGUCUGUGUAAAGUGCAGACAUGACAGGGAGAAUAAGAAGCACCUCUUGGCAAAUGGAUCCAUCAGCCACAGGUCGGCAAGAAGCAUAUAUAGAAUGAUAAAGAUCAUUAUUCAUUAUUUUUCCCUGAAAUUUCACAUCUGCUUCCCAAGCUUCUCAAACAUUCUUAAAAUCAUACAGUGUGGUUUGGAGAAAAGCUGUGGAGAGAAGAGGAGGAGGACAGGAUGGAAAUUUCUCUCAUCUUAAUUGUUCUUUCUGUGCCUCUAUUUUUCUCUUUGGGUAGAAGAGAGGCCUUGAGGGUUUGAGCAACUGGUCUCACAAUCCAAAAGGCACAAAGGAGGAGCCAAUUCAAGAUAUUUUGCUCUGGUGAGCCCACUGUGGUGCACUGCCUGAAGUGCAACAGGGCCCAGGUGAACAUCUCGGUCCAUCUCAAGCGGGUGUGCAUGAAGGGCAACACACCAGAAGAAAGGGCGACUGAGUUGCAGAAGAUGAAGUCCUCCAGCCGCAGGUUUCUCCGCGUAUCCCGGUGUUGGGAUUACAGAUACAUGUGCGAGAUCUUGCCACACAAGCCCAGCCGUUCAGCGUUGUUGGAAGUGUUCCUUAAACUGGGCUUCUUGGUGGAAAACCAACCACGUGAGGCUGAUACGGACUCAAUCGAUGCCUCAACUUCUGAAGCCACGGCUCGUUCUCCCGCACCGACCGCAGCUGUGUCUUCUGAGCCAGAUUCUGGGUCGUCUCCGUCUUCUUCUGAUGAAGAUGCAGGGACAAGUGAUCGGACAAGUCAAAAAGAUCAUCCAGUUGUGACAACAACUGUGCGGUUCAAGAUCAAAGACGCUGGUCUGUACAAGAAGUUUUCCAACGACGAUGAGCUCAUCGUGGGGUUUAUAAAGUACUUGUCGAAUGACCGGAAUGUCACCAAUUACAAAACAAAGGUUGACAAUGUAUCGCGGUUCCUGCGCUUCAUGCAGCCAACUGGGGACUUCGCUACCCUGGACUUCCUAACAAAGACUACGGAGACCAGAGACUUCCUCAAUGCUCUAAAAAGCACUGGGCUGUGCCAGAGGACAGUUUGCUAUUUUAUUAAGAACAUUCUCCAGUUCGUUGAGUACCUGAGGAAUGGUUUGGAUGUGGCUGCGUCCAACUCGACGUUGCAGAGCCAGUGCCAGGCUUACAAAGAGCUGGUUCAUACACUGAAAAAGGCCAUGCUGGGGACCGAUUCCAAGCUGUCCACAAAACACAUGCCGUUUGUGGACGACAAACGCAGCCUCAGAGAGUGCCAGGAGGUUUUGAGAGUUGCUAAAACAGACUUCCUCAAAACAUUUCGAAAGUGUGUCUCAGACCAGAGCUGCUCCAAGGUCUCUGAAAAUGAGUUGACAAAUUUCAGAUACUACUGCGAAGCGAUCUUAGUACUCCGUCACUUUCAGCCCCCGGCAGUAGUGGAAGAAAUGACUGUGCAGCAGUGGAUUGAAAGGAAGCCGUUUGAUAACAGCUUAGUGAUCGUCGUCAGUGAUCACAAAACGCCAUCCUCACUGCUUGGUACAUUUGCCAUUACACAAGAGGAGGAAGCUUGGUUUGACGCGUACUACAGGUACAUUCGCCCAGAAUACAUAAAUGACCCCUGUGAUCAUUUCUUCUUAUCGACAAAAAGAUUAAAAGUCUGGAGCGUGACGAGUGACCUCCGUCGUCUGCAUACGAGCUACAAGGUGAAAAAUACAAACAGCCGGGAGGUCAGAAGGAUUGCUCGGACAGAGGUGGAUUUAAGCUGUUCGGAUCGCCAGAAGAGGGACGUGGCCUGUUACAUGGCUCACACCACCGGUGCCACGCCACCGCGGCACAGCGAGUCGCUGACUCCAGCACGUGUCGCGCAGACAUCUGUGCUGCUGGCAAAGUUGACCGACCAGUCGCACGAGACUUCUCCUCGGCAAGAAGCCCUGGUUUCAGCCAGAGGAUAUGAGGAUUUUACCGCUUCAUUUCCUGUGACAAAUGAUGGCGAGCCCCCAACCAAGAAGGUGAGGGUUGCUGCUGGGUUUCCAGACAACUGCAUUUUCUAUAAUAAGUGGCGAGGAGAGCAGUAUAACAAGCGAUCAAAACAGCUGCUGUCAUAUUUCAAAACUCGCAAGCCAUUACCCAUGGUGGUGUCCGAGUAUAUCGGGAAGCAAGGGUGGAAGUGCAACCACCCCACAGUGGAUGAGUUUUUGAAAAUGUGGAAGAAAGCCGUGAUAGAUAAAAACGAGGAUGACAAGCAUGUCCUAAAGAGCGUGAUCACACAGAAGUGGAAAGGAGUUUCUUUCAAAGACUUUGGUGAAAAAAAAGGAGUGGUUGCGACCAUGCCCUUUUCGGAAGGCGACAUUGUAUGCGACUUCCAUGGUGAAAUCAUCACAGCUAAUAUAGGGAAUCAAAUGAUGGGGACCAGAAUGGACAAAGCUUCACACAUGCUAUUCUUUACGACUCAGGAUAAGGAUCUCUGCAUUGAUACCCGUCUGUGCAAGUGCCAUCCAGGUAUGGACACGGUUGGCAGAUGGAUCAAUCGCUCCAGCAAAAAGCCAAACCUGAGGCCGUUUCACCGGGUCUUGAGCAUUGAUGGAAAGGUCAGUAACGUAAUCCUCUUGAAGGCCCUAAGAGACGUCAACGUGGACGAGGAACUUUCGUUUCAGCUCCAUCACCCGGCAGACUCACUAGAGGAAGAGGUUCUAUCUGACGACGCUGAAGAAAUGUAACCUCAAAGGCCGACUUCCAGAGCCCUGAAGCGAGCAAGGCCGGGUGACUCACCCUGGACACCCUUCCAUUUGGCAUGGUGGGAGUCCAUCAGGACCACGGCAACGCAAACAGUUCCCCCCCCGUCGGCAGUCAGAACAAAGCCAGACAGCGUUCACUCCCCUGAACAUCGGCGUUACACUUAUACUACACUUGUUAUUUUACUGGUAUCUGCUAGUCUUAUUAUUUUUUCAAAUAAGAUUCUAUGUGCUGCUGUUCUGAUUUUAUUGACUAUCUCUGUGUGCCCACUGAUGCACUUAAGCUUUUCAUGUUCAUGUGACCUUUCACCUGUUCCUCAUUUAUUGGGGCAAUGCAAAAUUCAGCUGAAUUUGCAGCAUGUUUUCCACUUUGAACUCUUUAUUUCUUAAUUUUGAUUACAGAUCAAAGAAAUAUUGGAAAACUGAGUUUUAUUUAUAUAUAGUUUGAAAUUUGGAUGUUAAAACAUAAAUAAACUUCUUUACCAUGGCCUAUUACUUUAUCCAAUCAUGCUCUAUGUUGACUACAACAACAAAUGUUCAUUUGACUGUACAUAGAAGUGCAUCUACUCUCACUCUUUUGAUUAGAAUUGAUGUGUGACCGAAGUCAUGAGUAUGACUACAGACCAAAAAAAACGGUUAAAUACAGAAGGUUCAAACAAAUGUAUUUGUGUCUGAAAGCUCCAAGACGCUUGACCCAACACGCCAUAUCGCAGAAAUGAGCUGAGCCAGCAAAAUCCUUCAGUAAAGCAUGUUUCCAGGGCUCAUAUUAUAUUGAACAUACAGUAUGCACCUCAGGGACUGUAAGCCAUCUCAUGUACACUACAUUUCCUCAGUAAUAAUUUAACAAAUAAAAGCCGUAAUGCUGGCUGUUCAUAUUGUGGUGGGGCACCCACAACUGGAAUCAGAUAUGAAAGUGAUGCCGUUAUGGAAUAUAAAAUUAUAUGCAAAUAAAGAUAACAAAUAUUUAUUUAUUUUUGUUUACUUUAACAUACAUAUACUGUAUAUCAACGUAAAAAGCGAAACGCUGGGAUGAGAAGAGACCACAGGCAGAAUUAAAAGGAUGUCUCAUCAAUGGUAAAUUCUAUCUAAUUGAAUCAUACUUGCUUGGCUUUUCAGGGUGUAUUUAACACUCUCAGAUCUACAAUCGACCCCAUGUGUCCACAAUGAGUCUGCGUCCACAAGAUGAAGGAAGGUUAGAAACCAGUGAACUCUGGCUCCUGGAGGGCAGAACAACCAAAGCUUAACCACUGCACCAAAACACCAACGGACAACCUCAGAAAGCCAAUGAUGCCGCCCGACCCCUGCACAGCCUGUUGCCGUGGUAACAGUGCAGCAAGUACCUCGGUGUCUGUCCAUGGUUAUGGCUGUCUGUUUCCAUCCUUAGGUGAAGGGAUUAAUCACUGUGAUAGCCGAGUGUUGAAUCGGGUUGGCACUGCUGCGGAGCUGACCAACUACCUGUCCGUCAGCUGACAAAGCAUGUGACCAGGAAAACCUGGUGAAAACACAGAUUCCUUCAGCGUGGCUUCUGUUCCAUCCACACGGAAAUGGGGGACAUGCACUCCCAGCUGGACAGUCUCU